AUGCGCUGGAACCUCUGGGGAUCCAGCUCCGACAACUCAGAGGCUGGGCCGAGUCAACCUACCGACGCUGCCGCCCCGACGAGCUCGGAGGCUCAGGCCUCCACUUCGACGCCUGCCCCAGCUGCUCCGGUUCGAGCCCCGGAACCUCCCCUCUCCAAGUAUGAGCGGGCACUGAAGGAGGAGCAGAAGCUCCAGGACGAGCAGUACCCGAACUACGAAGAUAUUCCUAAGUGUAUGACCCUGUUCGACGAGUUCGUGAGCUGCUACGCUUUGCUCCCGCAGAUGCGCAACAUCUACCGACACGGAGAGCUGCGUGACUGCUCGUACAAGUGGGACGACUUCAAGUACUGCCUGUCGCUGAAGUCGGAGGACAACGAGGAGCGCCGGCGGUUGUGGGUUCGGAGACGAGCGGAGUGGUGGGCCGCGCGGAGAAUCGGCCCCAGCUCCGAGGACGUCUGGGACGUGCGAGAGAAGCCUCUGGAGAACUUCCCGCCGCUUGUUGACGAGGAUGCCGCCACGACCGAUUAG